GAAUUUUCAUUCCGCAGCGAACGGCGCAGCAGUCAAGAACAGAACGUGGAACAUUGACGGAGCGAACGAGACGCGGACCUACGUGUGUUCUGUGUUCCUUAUUAUUUUCGUUGGCAUCUCUCUAUAUAUCUCCACCACCUCCUACCGCCCCCCAUCCGUCGCCCGACACUGCUGUUCAAGCGGGCAGCACAGAGAAAAAGUCAAAAUUAUUUGAAUUAAAAAUUACAACAAGAAUCAAACAACAACAGCUGCGGGUUUGGGUCGGAAAAUGCAAAUGCAGCUGAAAGUGUCCGGACGCGUGUUGACGAUGAGAACCACGUAAGCUCGGCGUGAGUGUCUCCCCUCCCCAGUGCACAGUGCCGUGUGUGGUGUGGUUCUACCGUGCUUCACCGCCGCUCUGCCGUUUAUCGAUCAGAACGCUUUUUCAGCGGCCACUUCAUCCGUUAUAUCCGUUGGGCGGAGGACGUUUUUUAAACCGAAAUUCAAUGCUCAACAAAACUCAAACACACCAAUAAAUUAUACAAUUGCAGUGUCAGUGGCAGUGACUAUUACGACGUACAGCGCUACGUACCUAUCAUCAAGAGUACCGUACCGUGCACGUACAGCACCCCCGAAAAACCAGCAGUGCCGAAAAAGCACAUGAACUAGAAGCAGAAGCUGAAUCUGAAACAUAAGCAAAUGCAAAGGCAACGACUGGCAAAGAAAUAACAAAAACUAAAAGCAAAGACAGAAGGAAACAGCAGAAAGCAAAGAACAUAAAAAAGUGCAAAGUCAGGGAAAUCUCGAGGAGGAGGAAGCUGAAGCUUCUAUCAAAACAAAACAUUCUGCCGUGACCUCAGCGAUACAGCUGCAAGUGCAACGGUAAAAACAAAAAGUAAAGCAAACAACAAGAAAUAGCAGCAAAAGCACAGAACAAAACGUGACAAAUUGCAAAUACAAAUAAAUAGCACAAAAAUUCUCAUCAAUGAAUAUUCGAAACAAUUUAAAAACCUUUUAAAUAUUCCGAUUCUCAAUAGAAGCACAGGCACAAAGAGUAACUUGACAUAGUUUUUAAAAAGUUAAAAGUAUUAACUAAAUUUGUAGUGUAAAGCUCAAAGUGCACACUCAAGCGACGAGAGCCGCAAUAGCCAGCAGCAGAGACCUUAUAGAUAUUUUGAAUAUAUGCACAUACGGCCUACGCCUAUCUAUCACUAAUAAAGAAAUAAAUUUAUUUAUCAAAAGUAAAUGAAAGCAAAAACAAAACUCAAUAACAAUUGACAAAAACAACAGCCAGCAAGCUCACACACACACACAAAUAACGGCGCAUGCAGUCGCAGUAAGACAGAGAGAGUGAGAGUAAAAGCAAAUAUUAGAAGAGACUAAGUCCAAAAGCUUGGGAGAGAGUCAGAGAACACAGUGGCAAAUGCUGCUUGCCGUUCUGAGGGGGUGAGCCAGAGCCAGAGAGCGACAGAACGAUACGAUAGCGUAGCGUGAGAGACUGAGAGCAACAGCAGCAGACAAGAUAAAAACACAGUCAACGUUGGCAACGGAAUUCUCGACAUCGUCGCCAUCGACAUCGGCAUCGCAGUCGAAAACGAAAGCGGGAACGGGAACAGACGAGGCGCGGGCGCACACACUUCUUCCUCCUCGCGUGUUGCUUCGCCCAACCAUUCUCUCUCCUUGCACUUGCACUCUUUCCUUUAACUCCGCCGCGUGUUCGUGUGCAUUAACGGAAUAAACGCAUCAUCACAAGUACCGCUGCAUUAUGGUGGAUACCAAUGGCGGAAGUAAUACCGCUGUGUCGGGGAACUCUGCUGCACGCCUGCGCAAGUUCGAUAGGACGGACAGUGAACUGGCCUGCGAGGAGGCGGCACACUUGACCGCAGAACAGAACGACACUCCAGAGGACGAGAACGAUGAGGAGAACGAGGAUGAGGAUGAUGAGAGCGAGUAUGGAGAAUUGCCGCCACCGCCGGACGGUGGCUAUGGCUGGGUCAUCUGCUUUGCCAGCUUCAUGUGCAACAUGAUUGUCGACGGCAUUGCCUACACUUUCGGCAUCUUUCUGGAGGAGUUUGUGGCCUACUUUCACGAGGGCAAAGGCACCGUCGCCUGGGUGGGCAGUCUCCUGUCCGGAGUGUACCUCAGUGCUGGACCCAUCGUCUCGGCGCUGGCCAACAAAUAUGGCUGUAGAGCGGUGUGCAUCGCUGGGAGCAUCAUUGCCUGCAUCGCCUUCGUUUUGAGCACUUUCAGCAAUUCGGUGAGCAUGCUGAUGGCCACCUAUGGAUUCCUGGGAGGAUUCGGCUUUGGCAUGAUCUACCUGCCAGCGGUGGUGGCCGUGGGCUACUACUUCGAAACGAAGCGUUCGCUGGCCACGGGCAUUGCGGUGUGUGGCUCGGGCUUUGGCACCUUUGCGUUUGCCCCGCUGGCCACGUACUUGCUGGAGGAGUAUGGAUGGAAGAAUGCAAUUCUCAUCUUUGCCGGCCUUAUUCUCAAUUGUGCCAUCUUUGGCGCCAUGAUGCGACCCCUCACAUACCCUAAAAAGAAGAAGGUUAAGCCCCUGAUGCAGCGCAUGUACGAGGAGAAGCAGCUGCAGCUGGAGCGUGGCUCCUUUGCUGGUUCACAUUUCAUGGUCCAGCUGCCGGAUGGCACCAUGGAGCGGAAACUUAAGAUGCCCCUCAACGCGGACCCUGGCGUUCAUUCGAGUCUCAAUCUGGAGCUGCUGGCCCAACAGGCGGGAGGCCUGCAUCCCGUGUCUACGCUCCCAACAAUCACCGAGUCCAAGGUGGUGGAUGUGCAUCGCAAUGGAGGUGGAACUCAGUCCCCGCCCAAUGCCGACAGCAAUGGCCAACUCUCUGCCGGAGGACGGGGCGGACGUCGUCCGCAUCGCAGCUCGGAAUCUGAUCACAGUCCGUACCAUUCGCAGGAUGGCGGAUCCAUGACCAGGAACGCCUCACAGCCCGCCUUCCUGGCCAGCGACCAUCACGGUCUGCCCAAAAAUGGUUCCGUGCCUUCGUUCAAUCGCGUGCGCAAGACCUCGGCUUCGGAACGUUUUCAACCAUCGCUGGCGGCCAUCAGAGCCACGUCCCGCAACGAUCUGGAGGCAGGCGGUGGAGGAGAUUUUGCCACCUCUAAGAUGUCGCUCUCCCAGCGGCAGGGCAGCAGUGGUAGCGGCAAAAUGGUGCGACCCAUGUCCCGAAAGGACAUCUUCUACUCGGGCUCCGUCACAAAUCUGCCCCAGUAUCAGUCACAGAAAUCCCUGGCUGGCUAUCGAAACUCUGUGCUAUCCCUCACGAAGUACGAGAAGAGCAUGCAAAGUGUCCAGAAGUUGGAUCCCCUGCAAGACGCCGAAAAGCAUCGCGAGGAGUACGACCUGUGCCCAUGCCUGGGCAUUCCCGAUUCGGUUAAAUCUGUGGUCAACACCAUGUUGGAUGUGAGUCUGCUCAAGGAUCCCGUCUUCAUGCUGAUUGGAGUGUCGAAUAUCUUUGGCAUGGCUGGACUAUAUGUGCCCUUUGUGUAUCUGGUGGAUGCGGCCAAGGAGCACAACAUACCCAAGGGAGAUGCCGCCAUGCUGCUGUCCAUCAUCGGCAUCACUAACACUGUGGGUCGCGUAUUCUGCGGCUGGGUGGCAGAUCUGCCGCAAGUCAACUCUCUGCUACUGAACAAUUGCUGCCUGCUGGUGUCGACCAUCGCCGUGACCCUCACUCCGCUGUGCUACAGCUACUCGGCGUACAUCACGAUGUCGAUAUUCUUUGGCUUGGCUAUCUCUGGCUACAUCUCGCUAACGUCAAUUAUCCUGGUCGAUCUGCUCGGCCUGGACAAGCUUACCAAUGCCUUUGGAUUGCUCAUCCUGUUCAGAGGAUUCGCCGCCCUGAUUGGUACACCUCUAGCUGGGGCCAUCUACGAUAUAACGCACACAUACGAUCUGCCCUUCUACAUGGCAGGCGCUCUGUUUGGCAUCUCGACGAUCACCAGCUUCUUGGCCCCCUGUCUGAAGCGCUGCAGUCCCUCGGAUGAGACGCCCGUCCACGUGGAGACUCUAACGCCCAUUGAUGAGGAGCAGGAUGAAGAAGCGGAGGAUGACGAGGAUCAACCUAUCACCAUAGUGCCCAAGAUCAUUAAAACGCUGGCCAGUCCACAGCAGGAGGAGCCGCCACAGCCGAUGUUCCCGCAACAACAGAAGAAGGCAGCAGAAGCAACGACAUCGGAAUCAAAGCUUUAAGUAUUCGAAAGGGCAGCUCAAGGGGAGAUGUGGCGCACAGCAAAGAGAUGAAUUUACAUAGGAAAGAGAGGGGGAAAACACCAGGGAACGAUUGAAAGAUCCAGCCAGAUAUUUUUCUAUAACUUAUAUAAACAGAAAGCGGGUCGAGAGUAUUGUAGAGAGAGAGAAAGAGUGGGGAAAACACACAAAUCACACCACACACAAAAGUAAAACCUAUAUACAAGGAUCAUAAAUAUAUAUAUAAAAUAUAUAUACAAUAUAAAGCCCCAGCAGCAGCAGCAGAAACUAUUACUAACAGCAGCAGCAGCAUAUAGGAGGAUUGCUUUAUGCUGGAAUUUCUACAAGAAACUUGGCUUUAGCUUUCUGAUAAGAUUCCGGGCGAAGGGGAAGAAACCUUAUGCUUUUAUGGCUACUAAUAAAAUAUAAUAUUAAAAGCUCAUAAAUCACCAACAAAAAAAAGCAAAGAACGAAAAAGCAACCAACCCUAGGGUAAACUGAUGUACUAAUGAUAUCGAUUAUAGUUUUGCAACUGUUAUACAGCAACAAAAACACACAAAAUAUUUGUAUAAAAUAAUUUCUAUUAUUUGUUUUGUUAUAUUAAAAAAAACCUUUACGAUUACUAUUACUACUAUUAAAGAUUUAUGAUUAUUGUGUAAUAAUUAUAGGAAUUAUAGUUGUUGUUACGAGAAAAAAAACUGCAAGCUGUUUAAACAAAACAUAAAUGUGUCAUACAAAAGUAGCGGGAGAAAUCUAACGUGUAAACUGUAGCAAAGAGUAGUGCUAGAAAUAGUAUAUCUGUAUGUACGUGUCUGUAGAAGCUCUAGAUGUAGGGAUCCGAAGCGGGUGGCCCGAAGAAAACUUAAA